CUGGGGCCGCAGCGAGAGGCGGCCGAGCACAUGGAGGGGCGGCGGCGGCGGCGGGGGGAAGGCGCCGGGGACGCGCGGCCCUCGGCUUCCUUCCCUUCCCCGCGAGUCAGCCGCACUGGCGACAGCAGCGCCGCCAGCAAGAGGUCCGCCGCCGCCCUGGGCUACACCUCGGACCGCUUCGUGCUGCAGCUGCUGCCCCGGGGCGGCCCGCGCCGCGCCCCCGCCAUCCACCGAGGCUACCACGUCCGGGCGCGAGCGGUGGAGCGGAGCGUGCGGGACUUCCUGCUGGGCACUCGGGGCCACUCGCGCAGCCAGGUGAUGUCGCUGGGCGCCGGCUGGGACUCGCUCUACUUCUGCCUGAAGGCGGCGGGGCUGCUGGCGGGAAGCGGCGGGCGGUUCUUCGAGGUGGACCUCCCGGAGGUGGCCUCCCGCAAAGCGGCCCUGAUCUCCGGCUCGGCGGAGCUGCGCGCCUUAGCGGGAGGCGGCGUCCCCGCGGCUCUCGGGAGCGUCAGGUUUUCCGGGGAAGAUUACCGGCUCCUGGGCGUGGAUCUCUCGGAACUGGCCCUGCUGGAGGGGGCCCUGCGUGACGCCGGCCUGGACCCCGCGUCGCCCACCCUGAUCCUUGCGGAGGUGGUCCUGCCCUACAUGGAGGUCGAGAGGUCAAAUGCUCUGAUUCAGUGGGCAGCCGGGCACUUUCUGAGCGCCUGGUUCAUUCUGUACGAGCAGAUUCAUCCCAGCGACCCGUUCGGCCAUAUCAUGCAAAAUCACUUCAGCCGCCUACAGUCUCCGCUCCGCUCCCUAACCACCUACCCAGACUGCAAGGCCCAACAGAUGCGCUUUCUCCAGAGGGGCUGGACGGAAUGCCACAUCAUGGACAUGAACGAGUUCUAUGGGCACUUUGUUCCAAGAGAAGAGCAGAAGAGGAUUCAAGCUCUGGAGCCCUUUGACGAAUUCGAGGAAUGGCACCUGAAGUGCUCCCAUUAUUUCAUCCUGGUCGCAUACAAGGGAGAGGCCGCCUUUGCACCUCCUGCAUUUUCCAGGACGGAAGGUAAGAAGCCCAAGGUGUCCUCUGCCCCGGGUGCCAGUGGUGACUGGGGAUGUUUCCGUCCUGUCUCCUCUCCCCGAACGGUGAAGUUGCACGGGGAGGCCUGAUGGGGGCCUAAAUCC